CUUGAGCGGUGCGCGCGUGAGAUUUAAACAGUCCCCGUUAUCCAGGCCGGUGGAAACACGGACCUGUGCUCUGAUACUGCUUCUGUGGGGUUUACUAUUCAAAACCUGGAGUUUUUACUUCUCUAAACGGACUAAACUCUUUUUUGGGGGGGGGGAAUGUGUAUCCGAAUUACAGAGCGGUCAUUGUCCUGAGUGUGAACAGGGCGCUUCAUUUAAUCCGGUUUUUUUGUUCAUUAUGUCUGAAUUAAAGUGGUUCAAAUCGGUGCAACAAAACGCGCCGGCUUGAUACAAGGUUACUUUACUGGGGGGGAAAAAACUCUUUUAUUUCAACUUUUGGGAGCUUGUUUGUCCUUUUUUUUUUGUCCUCAUUGAAAGACAAGUUUUGAAGGAUGUUUUUUUGCUACCCGAUGAGUAUGACCACGACCGUCCUCCUCCUCCUCUUCCUCCUCCUGAUGACUGUUGGUUGGUGUGAGAAGUUGCCUCGUAAGUCGGUGAAGUCCACACCAGUACAGCUGGACAAAAGCUAUGGGAAGCUCUACAAACACAAUCAGUGUCACUACAUGCUCAAACACCUACAAGACGGAGAGCAGAUCAGUGUGCAUAUGCCUCCUGAUAUCACAGGACACUGGGUGUCUGAAAGUUGUGAAGUGCGACCUGGACCUGAAUUCCUCACUCGAUCCUACCACUUCUUCUCAAACCACACCUUCCAGGCCCUUCAGUUCUAUUACAAGGACAACCACUGCACAAAGCCAAGCUACACUCUUCUCAUCGAAGGUAGUCUGCACCCUCGUCAGGCAUCGUGGCUUGUCCGUGGAGGAACAGAGUCGGAUUACCAGCUGAGUCGAGUACUGCUGGUGAGCUACAGCCUGCCAGUGGCCAAAGAUCUCCAGGUGAAACUGGAGAUGGCCUGUGGUCUGACAGAGCACCUGGAGCCAGAUAUCAGCUAUGAGUUGUGGGUAGAGGGCUCUGAUCGUGACUGCACCCACGGCUUAAGCUUCAGCAUGCAGGAGCUGGAGCUGCUACGCAUGGAGAGGCGCUUUCGGCCCAAUGAGCCUGAGAGACAAGCGGAGGAGUUGUUUGUGGGGGACGUGCACACAGAGCGCACUCAGAGGAGAAACCACAGGCCCACAGGCUACCAGCCCCCCCUGCAGAACAUCAAGACUUAUGUUAAUAGCUGUGUUGCGUGUCAGAUCAUCUCUGUAGCAGACGUCCAUCAUCCACCCGUUCUGCCCUCGCGGACUGACCACCCCCUGCAUCUCUACGGUAACUGGGUUAGUAAGCGCUGUGAGGUCCGCCCAGGGGUGCUCUUCCUCACUCGUCAUUUUGUCUUUCACAAGGAGAACAACAUUUGGGAGGGCCACUAUUACCACUACUCUGACCCAGUCUGCAGGCAUCCCACUUUCAGCAUCUCUGCUAAAGGACACUACAGCCCAGGCAUUCCCUCCACUACAGUCAUGGGAGGCACUGAAUACACGUUCACAGUGACCCAGAUGAAGGUCACUCCCAUGGAUGUGGCCACCACCUCUCUCCUGAACGUCUUCAGUGGGGAUGAAUGUGGAAAACACAGCUCCUGGAAGCAAGGGUUUCAACAGGAUGUGACUCCUACAUCAGGCUGUGCCGCCUUAGGCAUCCGUCUGCCGCACACCGAAUACGAGCUCUUCUACAUUGGACGAGAUUCAGCUGGACACCGCCUCCUCUUUAAUGGACAGAGACCCACCAAUGGCUCAAGCCCUGACCGGCCUCACAAGCGUGCCACAUCCUAUCAGCCACCACUGGUCCACUGUAGCGCCGGACAGAAAGGCAUCGGAAAAGAGGGAGACCAUCACUUCAUGUUUGGCAACGGAUGCAACACAAAGCACCAGUGCCUGGUAUAUGCCUUGAUAAUGGUUGCACUUGUCUUUUUUGUCAAAUAGGAUCAGAUUUACAUGACGACAUUUGUGCUCCCGUUCUGCUAAUCACAGAAAUAAAUUGAACUGUCCUAUGUACAGACCCCAACCCUUAUUACAUCAUGGGACUAAUUCAUUGUUAACUACUUGUUGAGUAUGUUGUAGAAUUGCCCCAGAAGCAUUUUGUGGUGUUUAACACCGUCCUGUAAACAGACUGUAUAUUUUAAAGUAAAUAAUCACUAUUGAAUAUUUAUGAUGUUGGUCAAGAUGAAAGCUUGCAUGCCAAUUACGCAGAAAAAAAAAAAGUUAAAAAUAAAAUGAAAAGUUUCUGUUCCGCUGAAAAUUUCAGUAGUGCGUACACAGUCGUCAAGCAUACACAGAAACAAGAAUGUUAGAUAUUUUUAUUUAAUUUUAAUUUCUCUUAUUUCCCAGUGGCUCAAUGUUAAAUACCAUAUACAGUCAGAGUGGUCAUGUUUCAGUUAACAGUUGCCUCACAAAUGAGUAUAUAAUUUGCAUAAAGUAAAUGCUAAGACAAUGUAGGAGUAAGAUGUGAGAAAAUAAUGUACAUGGAAGGAGGCACAGUCUCUCAGCAGAAUUCUUCACAUUCCUGAAAACAAAAUUAUUGUAAAUCUGAAGCUCAGUUUCACUGUGAAGAGGCCAACCAGCAACACACAGCUUAAUUUUUUUCCUUUUGAGUCUUAAAUUUUUCAAUAAAGGAUUAGAAUGACAUGUACAAGACGCUUAAAACAUUCCAACACUUAUUAAACCACAUAAAGGAAGCAAGGACAUUUAAUUUUAUUUAUCAUAGAUUUUUCUUUUCAUUACCAUAAAGGUCUCUACACAGUGCCGGCAAUUUGACUGCAAUUGAUGUAUUAAUAAAUGUACAGUUAAACUCGUCCCACCCUUGGAAGAAAAAAAGAAAUACCCCUCACCGCAACCAAAAAGAAAAGAAAAUGGGGGG